AUGUUGGAAUUGGAUAUAUUACAGAAUAAUAUAAAGAAAGAUCCUGAGGCUAAUUUUGAUAAUUUCUAUAAUAAAUAUAAUGAAUUCAUUUCAUUAUUUGAAAUUGUCAAAUUAAAUCCUCAAAUUUAUAAUUCUGAUUUCAUUAAACUUUUAGAUUUCAUUAUUAACACUAUUUCAUAUUAUAAUGGUCCAAAUUCUAUUCAUACCAAUUUCUCUAGUACUAAUUCCUCUAGUACCAAUUCCCUGAAUAAUACUAUCGGUACUACAGAUAAUACUGCUGGUACUACAGAUAAUACUAAUUUGAAUAAUAAUUUGAAUGAAUUAUGUAUAAAUUUGAUAAAUUAUGUAAAGAAGAAUAAGAAAUUGAUAAAUGAGAAAAUGAGAAAAUUAAUAAUAAAUUCGACAUUUAUAUUACGUACAAAACGUCAAAUAAAUUUACAAACUAUUAUUAUUGAAUGGCUUGAAUUAUUAGAUUUAAAUGAUAAACAACAACGUAAAAAACUUUUUAAUUUUAUUCUUAAAGAUUUAAUUCUUUUAUCCAAAAAUAAUAAAUUGGAUAAAUCUAAUAAAUUGGAUAAAUUGGAUAAAUCUAAUAAAUUGGAUAAAUUGGAGAAAUUGGAGAAAUCUGGGAAGUCUGGGAAAUUGGAUAAUUCUUCUAAAUCUGAUACAUCUACUAAAUCUAUUAAAUUGGAAAAUUCUAUUAAAGAAGUAGAAAUAAUAUUAUUUAAUAAUAUAAAGAAUUCAAAUACAAUAAUAAGUUUAUUAAGUUGUUCAAUUAUACUUGAAAUGUAUCGUAGAAGGAUAUGGAAUAAUAUUUAUAUAUUAAAUUCACUUGUUAAUAUUAUUACAUCACCAAAACAACAAAAUAUUAAAUUACUUUUAUUAUUAACACAUUUUUUAUUAUCCACUAAGAAUUAUUAUGGUAUAAUAUUUGAUGAAGAAGAAAUGAAUAUAAAUGAAAUGACAAAUAAUAUAAUUUUGGAUCUUAAUGAACCAUAUGAAUUAAUAACAAAUUUAUUACAAAAAAUAAAUUUAAUGAAAUAUAAUAAUAAAAUAAUAAUAUUAAAAUUAGUUGCAACAAUAAUUAAUAAAUUUAAAAUUAUAUAUCCAAAUUUCUAUGAAAUAAUUAAUAAAUAUAUUAAUCAUAAACAGCCGGAAAUUACAAAGAUUUUAUUAAUUUUAAUAAUAUCAACACAUGAACAUGUUACUAAAACAAUAUUAAGACCAAUAAUUAAUAAUUUAUUAAUGAAUUUUAUAUCACAUGAUCGUGAUGAAAAUGUUAUUAUUAUAGGAAUUACAACGGUAAUAAAUAGAUAA